AUGGCGGAGAGCUGGCUGCGCCUCUCGGGAGCGGUGGCGGCCGAGGAGGCCGGGCCGGAGGGCGGCCUGGAGGAGCCCGACGCCCUGGAUGACAGCCUGACCAGCCUGCAGUGGCUGCAGGAAUUCUCCAUUCUCAACGCCAAGGCCCCCGCGCUGCCCCCCGGGGGCACCGACCCCCACGGCUACCACCAGGUGCCAGGCUCGGCUGCCCCCGGCUCGCCCCUGGCGGCCGACCCCGCCUGCCUGGGGCAGCCGCACACGCGCAAGCCCACCUCGUCCUGCACGUCCCGGAGCGCACCCCCGGUGCAGGCCCCGCCCCCCGACGACGUGGACUACGCCACCAACCCGCACGUGAAGCCGCCCUACUCGUACGCCACGCUCAUCUGCAUGGCCAUGCAGGCCAGCAAGGCCACCAAGAUCACGCUGUCGGCCAUCUACAAGUGGAUCACCGACAACUUCUGCUACUUCCGCCACGCAGACCCCACCUGGCAGAAUUCCAUCCGCCACAACCUGUCCCUGAACAAGUGCUUCAUCAAGGUCCCUCGGGAGAAGGACGAGCCCGGCAAGGGGGGCUUCUGGCGAAUUGACCCCCAGUACGCUGAGCGGCUACUGAGCGGGGCCUUCAAGAAGCGGCGGCUGCCCCCGGUGCACAUCCACCCCGCCUUCGCCCGCCAGGCCGCGCAGGAGCCCCGCGCCGCGCCCUGGGCCGGGCCGCUGACCGUGAACACCGAGGCCCAGCAGCUGCUGCGGGAGUUCGAGGAGGCCACCGGGGAGGGGGGCUGGGGCGCGGGCGAGGGCCGGCUGGGGCACAAGCGCAAACAGCCUCUGCCCAAGCGGGUGGCCAAGGCCCCUCGGCCCCCCAGCACCCUGCUGCUGACCCAGGAGGAGCAGGGCGAGCUGGAGCCCCUCAAAGGCAACUUUGACUGGGAGGCCAUCUUCGACGCCGGCGCUCUGGGCGGGGAGCUGGGCGCGCUGGAGGCCCUGGAGCUGAGCCCGCCGCUGAGCCCCGCCGCGCACGGGGACGUGGACCUCACCGUCCACGGGCGGCACAUCGACUGCCCCGCCACCUGGGGGCCUCCGGCGGAGCAGGCUGCCGACAGCCUGGACUUCGACGAGACCUUCCUGGCCACGUCCUUCCUGCAGCAUCCCUGGGACGAGAGCGGCAGCGGCUGCCUGCCCCCAGAGCCCCUCUUUGAGGCCGGGGACGCCAGCCUGGCCGCCGACCUGCACGACUGGGCCAGCGUGGGCGCCUUCUUGUAAGAGACCAGGCCCCGCCCCACCUCCAGACAGUGCCCGAGUCGGGGCCCAGACCGCCCCCCAACACCGGCCCACGGACCCCCUACUGUCCAGGCAGGGGCUGGGCCGGGCCUCCCGAGAGCUGGCCCCACAGGCCACACCGCCCCAGCCCGGGCGCCCUCAGAUUCGAGCCCAGGAGGCUGAGAACUGGGGGCGCGGGACUAGAAUCGCUGCCUCCCCUCCCCGGCCCCCCAUACACACAGUGUUUCAUUGGUCCUCGUGCCCCGCCCCGGGGCCGGCUAAGGCGCCCUGCACUGGGGGAGCGAGCGCAGCCUGGGGGCCUGGCCGGGCUGGGAGCGACCGCACAGGGCCGGCCCCAGAGCACUUCAGCUCCCGCUUCUCCUGCUCGCCUCCCCAGGUCUCUAUCCAGAGAAAGUUCCCAGGUACAACAAAUGCUAAUUAGGUGACAGCAAAUUAACCCCCUGGAGGCCUCUCCCGGCAAAGCCUCCCUGGGGCUGGGGUGGCAGUGGAUGGG